AUGAUAAGUGUGGCGGAGGGCUGCUCGGAGGGUCGAAGAAGACGCGAGGAGAACACGGCCGUGGACAAAGAAGCGCUUGUACCACGUCCAUCAGCUCCCAGUCCGCCGGGAGGGGGUCCCGGGGGCCGCCGAGUUGACAGCAAACCUGUCAUCCCCCGCUUAACCUGCGCCCACCCCACUUUCCCUCUUUUUAAAGAGGAGGCGGCGCAGGAGGAGGGGGGCACGCCACCUCCCACUCCUCCAGCACACGCAGAGACGCUCCAAACUUGUGGAGCGCACCGCGGAAACUUUUUAACAGUGGCUUUCCCCGCACCGACAGGAGAAGAGACGCUUUUGUGGCUCCGGGGAGGCAAAAGUGCCGCAAGGCAAGCCGCAGGUCCUCCCCGUCACCUGGACACCAUGGUGGUGUGUGUGCAGGGGCUCGCCUGGGUGCUCCUGAGCGCACUCCUGCCGCCUGUGGCGCUCUGGGGCGCGCGGCCAGCCGGCAGACCGAGCCAGUGCGACGUGCCAAAGUUGCAAAGCGACAUGAACUCUUUCCUGUGGAAAGUCAAGCGCACGCCCCCGCUUCCGCCUUCCUACCUGUACGGCACCAUCCACGUGCCUUACACCCGAGUGUGGGACUUCAUCCCGGAUGUCUCCAAGCGGGCUUUCCACAGCAGCCGCAAUGUUUUCUUCGAGUUGGACCUGACUGACCCGCUCACCGUCUCCAAACUGACCAGCUGCCAGCUGCUUCCCCACGGGGAGAACCUCCAAAGCCUGCUACCUCGAGACUUAUACCGCCGCCUCAAACGCCACCUGGACUACGUCAAGCACAUGAUGCCGUACUGGAUGACGGCGGACCAGCGCGGCCGCGGCCUCUAUGCCGACUACCUAUUCAACGCCAUAGCGGGAAACUGGGAGAGGAAGAGACCCGUGUGGGUGAUGCUGAUGGUCAACUCACUGACUGAGUGGGACGUGAGGUCCAGGGGGACGCCGGUGCUGGACUUGUUUUUGGCUCAGGAGGCCGAGAAGAUGGGAAAAACAACGGGGGCGGUGGAAAGGGUGGAGGAGCAGUGUCACCCCCUCAAUGGCCUCAACUUCUCUCAGGUGCUGUUCGCCUUGAACCAGACGCUGCUGCAGCACGAGGGUGUCCGAGCGGGCAGUCUGCAGGGCUCCUACACCACCGAGGACCUCAUCACGCACUACAACUGUGGGGACCUAAGCUCCAUCAUCUUUAACCGUGACAACUCACAGUUGCCCCACUUCAUCAACAGUUCCCUGCCGGCUCAUGAGCGCACCACAGCUCAACAGAUCGACAGCUACUUUCGCCAGGAGCUCAUCUACAAGCGGAACGAGCGCAUGGCUCGCCGCGUGUCCGCCCUGCUGCAGAGGAAUCCCAACCAGACCUAUUUUUUCGCCUUUGGCGCAGGUCACUUCCUGGGGAACCACAGCGUGCUCGACAUCCUUCGACACGACGGCUACAUGAUCGAUCACGUCACGCCGGAUGACCAGCAGCCUGUGACACUAAUAACAGACCGCGAGCCAACCGGCAGCAUGAGCACGGCUCCUCCCACCAGUUGGCCCACCAGAUCGGGCGAGACGGUGCUCAGUAGCCUGCCUGGCGUCGGCGAGGAGGAGGAGCUUCCCCACAUCCUGCAGCCGGACAGCCUGAGUCAGCUGGAGGAGUUCGGAAGGCGCAAGCGUCCUCGAAAAGCUCACCGCGGCCACGGGAGGCCCCGCCUCUUCAGUGACCUCUGGGUUCGCUUCGGAGACGGGUGAGAAUUGUACUACCCACCUGCCUCGCCACCUAACGUGAGGAUCAUCAACGGUUACGUGACAGUGGAGUCCCCGCUCACCCACCCGGAGGACCACGCCAUGGACAAACACCUGAGUCCGGCCUCUUUCGCAUCACCCGGCCCCACCUCAGCGCAGCCGCCUUCGUCAGCCCGCGGCGCGCUAUCGCUGACGUGCACUUUAGCCUGGCUGCUGUUGUACGUGCUGCUCACCUCCUGA